GGAUACUACAUAUCGAACCUCCAAAAAACCGAGGGUGUAGUGCUGGGGAUUCUUACCAUAUGGCGGUCAACGCUUGGUUACGAAUUUUCCUUUACGGUCUCCACGGGUUUUUCGAUGAAAUAGUCUUCACAUCGUUGUUUAAUUUUGUCGAAUCGAACUUACGUGACUGGAAAUUCCGUGGGCACUCUUCCUUAUGGUCAUUUUUCCAGUAUGGAAUUGGAAGCUUUGUGGUUGAACAAAUGUACUUGACUUGGAAGGACAAGUGGUACUUGCCGAUGCCUGUUCGAGGUGUUCUGUACGUCAUUUGGGUGUAUCUGUGGGAGUUCAGUUGGGGUGUAGUGCUUAGACAUUUUAAUGCCUGUCCUUGGGAUUACAGUAAUCGACAAUGGAAUGUUUACGGCCUGAUAACUUUGCAGUAUUUUCCGGUGUGGUAUGUUGCAAGUUUGUAUCAAGAAUUACUGUCGGGAUAUCUACUAACGCUUUCCAAAGAUCCGAAAGACACAGACCGGAAAGAUUCUUGAUGCAUAGGAAAUUAACAAGAAGCCGUAAGAAAUUCGAGUCGAUCAAAGGUGGGAAAAUGAGAAGAAUCAAGAAAAAGGGUCAAAUGUUCUUAUCAUGUCACAUGCAGACUCCUUCGGGAAUGUCACGCAACGCCCAAGGACGUGAAGACUAAGUUGUGAUUUAACCUUUUUGGAAACCCCAAGAGUGACCAACAUCUAAUUUCUCCUGACAGUAAUACUGAUGAAUCAUUAUUUAUGAAGAUGAGAAAUGAUUGCCAGCCUAGGUACCUUUGAUUGUUAGGCAAAUUCUCCUUGUCAGUAGGGGAGUAUAGAGAGUAUAGAUAAUGAUGUUCAAGUAUAAAGGGUAAAUAAGUUCUCUGAGGUGGAAUUUCUCUAGUGAAUAAGGUUAUGCCGGGAAGGGGUACAUUUUUCAGGCUUGAGGUAUCUUAAAAGGCCUAAGGGUAGAGAUACAAGGGUGGAGAUACAACAAGUUAAAAUGUAUUAUUAUAGAUUAAACGUUAAAACUCUGAUUUUAACUCUCUUUUUAACCAUAAAAACUAUGAUUGGUUAAUAGCUUAUAGUCAUUAUACAAUAAUGUGCAAAGUUGACAUGAUAACCAACAUCUACAGCAGAUAUUGUGUUGUCAUGUAGAGUUCAAAGCCUGCCUACCGGUAGUUUCCAAGCCCCUUGUCAGUGUAGUGUGUCCUCUUUUGCAGAUUGUAAAAAGUAUAAUAAAACAAUUAUUGAAUUUGGUUUUUGCAUAAUAUCAUAAAUUAUCUGUGUUAUCUGCCUCAGUCUUUGGCUUUGGCAUAUAACUAAAACCUCAGCAUUGUUUAUUCAUGAUAUCAUGUUAAACCUCAUCAAAUAAUUUCAUAUUGUCAAGUGUGAGAAAAUGUUGGCCCUAGCAGUGGGUAGAGUGAGGUCUCUUGGAGAUAAGAAAUUUCUCUUCCAAUUUGUAACACUGCCGCACCAUGGAAGAUCCUCUGUAUAUUCAUUUCAAGUAAGAGUGCCAUGUGUUUAUGAAUGGUCAGCCAGCAACUAAUGGUAUCUCCUGUCUCUAGCUGGUAUUUGUGUGAGACCUCAUAUGUGCAAGAUGAUAUAUCCUGGAUGCACAAACUCACCUGCAAAGAGUACAGUGGUAAAUAUUCUAGGAAGGCUACUAGCAAACUGAUAAAGACAAGACAGAGUCCUAUGAACCACUCCUCUUGUGAAAAAGAGACUAGUACAGAACAACUCUUCUGCAUGUGACUCAGUGUUAGCCUGACCUAAGCUUUUCUUCCUAAGGAGACAUUUUUAAACAUAAUUGUACUAUUUGGAUGAUCUAAAUCUCCUUAAUGGACAGGAAAGUGGUUUCAUUACUUACAGGCCACAAGAAGGUUUAUUUAAGAGAAGAAUCUUUAUGCUUUUUUAUGGCACAUUAGACACAGCCCAAUGUACCUACUAGGCUCCAUUGUUAUGUGUCACUGAUUCCAUGUUGCGUAGCAAAAUUGAGUUUAUUGUUUUUUUUCAAAAUGGUUGAGGAAAAAGUUGUUUACAGUGAUGUCACCAAUGUGUCUGUCCUCCAAUAAAUCAUAAGUAAGAACCAAUCAAAGAACAUGUAUAAUUCAGCUUUUUGUUAUAAUAAAACAUACUGAUAUUGGCUAUGAUCUAUUUUAGUGGGGU